AUGGCCGACGCGUUCAAAACCCGGACAAUGAAGCGGAAGAACGUCAAGGGCCUGGCCUUGAGCGCACCACAGCCAAAGGCGUUAGCCCCAUCCGCCGGCGACGCUCAAAUACCAGGUGCUAUAGGCAAUGAUGAAGGGCGGACUGACACACUGGAGAUUGGUGUCGAAUUCAGAUUGGACCUUAAAGCAGAGGAUCUCCUUCCAUUGAAAGAAUUGGGUUCUGGAAAUGGCGGAACAGUUAGCAAAGUCCAGCACGCUGCAACAAAAGUCGUAAUGGCGCGGAAGGUCAUCCAUGUCGAAGCCAAGAACGAGAUCCGAAAGAGGAUCGUGCGCGAGCUCCGAAUUAUGCAUGAUUGCAAUUCCGAAUAUAUUGUGGAUUUCUAUGGAGCCUUUCAAAAUGAAUCUGGAGAUGUGGUGAUGUGUAUGGAAUACAUGAACACCGGCUCUCUCGACUAUAUAUCGAAGACAUUUGGACCCGUCAGGGUCGACGUACUCGGAAAGAUUGCGGAAGCUGUGUUAGGCGGUUUGACUUACCUGUGGACCGCUCACCGCAUCAUGCACCGCGACUUGAAACCUUCGAAUAUUCUCGUCAACUCAAGGGGUCAUAUCAAGCUUUGCGACUUUGGUGUCUCGAGCGAGUUGGAGGGCUCUAUAGCAGAAACAUUCGUAGGGACUGGUACCUACAUGGCCCCAGAACGGAUACAGGGAUCACCGUACACAGUGAAGUCAGAUGUUUGGAGUGUUGGAUUAUCGCUAAUGGAACUGGCGAUCGGCAAAUUUCCAUUCGGCAGCGACAACGAUGGAGACGAGCCAGGAGGUCCCCAAGGUAUCCUAGAUCUAUUACAGCAGAUCGUUCUCGAACCCGCACCGAAGCUCCCGAAAAGUGAUGCCUUCCCAUCGAUCUUAGAAGACAUGAUAGCGAAGUGUAUGAUGAAGGAUCCUAACCAAAGGCCCUCGCCGCAAGAACUUUAUGAGCACGAUGCUUUCCUCCUAGCAGCAAAACGAACUCCUGUCGAUCUCGAAGCUUGGGCGGUGAGCAUGAUGGAACGACAAAACCGGAGGUCCCAUCUUGGCCCUAUUCCUUCUCCUUCAACACGUGCACUUCUUCGCGAAGGUACCGCUUCCCCGUCAGCAACUCCGGCUCCAGAAAAGACACCUACAGCGGAGACGAACGGAAAAAUUCCUGCGUCUAUGAGACCAAGUCUGCCUCUUCGUACAUCUAGCGCAUCACAGGUCCCAAGGGAAACUUCCACUAUGUCCCUACCCAUACGACCUGCGCCUCCACCGGCUGGACCGCUCCCACAGGUUCCCAGGAAGCCGACAUCUUAG